AUGGCAAAUAACCCAUACGAUGGAUUGCCAGAAAACUGGACCAUCAGAAUUUCUAGAACGCACAACCGUGAGUAUUACUACAACACGGAUACAAAAAAGUCUCAAUGGAUACCUCCAGAAGGCACAAAUGAAAGUCAAUUAGAAGCCUACUUGGAUAAGGACUUACAUCGGCCAUCCAAAGUUAGGGUGAGUCAUAUAUUGGUGAAGCAUAAGGAUUCGAGAAGGCCAUCGUCGUGGAAGGAGGAUAAUAUAACGAGAACAAAAGAUGAGGCAAUUGAUAUUUUGAAGGAUUACAGGGAGAGAAUUGAAAAUGGGGAGGAGACAUUUGAAGAUAUAGCUAAAGAGUCGAGUGAUUGCAAUUCGCAUUCUAAAGGUGGCGAUCUUGGAUAUUUUGGACACGGAGAAAUGCAGCCAAGUUUUGAGCGUGCAAGUUUCGCUUUGCAAGUAGGAGAUAUAAGUGAUAUUGUGGAAAGUGAGAGUGGUGUUCAUCUUAUUAAAAGGACAGGUUAG